UUUUUCGCCAUGUGUGUGUCCGCCCUGGGGCACCAGGAGACCCGGUCACAGUUCCUGUCCCUCAUCCAGCCUCUGUCCACGGCCAGCAGCUCCCUGCACUCCACCCUGACCUCCAUCUACAAGGAGUAUUUCUCUAAGCAGCUCCUGAUAAAAAGACCUGGCUCUUCAGUCCCUCCUUUACUGUACUCAGGUAACGCUAGCUUCAGCUUUGUGGUAGCUCCUGCUCCCCCUCACGGUUUUAGUAUUGUUGUGACUUUCUCGGACCAAACACACCAUAACAAGUAAUAAAUACAAUUAAAUAUGUAUAUAAAUGGAAAAUAAAAUACAAUUAGUAAAAAACUUAACAUUUAAUAUAACAAUAUCAAUAAUUAUAUGAGCAGAGUGUACAAAAAUUAGAUUUUAACCAUAUAUAUAGGUAAAGGCAUACCUAUAGCCCUGUAUACCUGUAGUAAAUACCCAAUAAUAAUUAAAUAAUUAACAAUUACCACCAUAAAAUCAAUAAACCAAUAUAAUCCCUUACACUUACAAGAGAUUAUAUUGCACAGUGCACCAUUUUCACUGACCUUUCCACAAACUUGUCCAUGUAAUGUAAUACAUAAUGUGUACGAUAAAAUGGGCAGUAUUGAUACCUUAACAGCAAUGUUAAUUAAAAAUGGACAGAAUAAAAGCAUGCUUUGGGCUUCUGGGAUACUUUGGACAGUUAUUUAAUGGGAGACCAGAUACUUGUUUAUUAAAAAUGACCUUAUUAAACAUACGAGUUUUAACCACAUAACUCAAUGUAAGAGACAUUAACACUAGAUAGCUUAUACGUUUCUCCAACAGUGAGCUUGAUACCCCGAAGACUAUAAGGAGUUAUUUUAACAGUUGUAAUAAUGGGUUGUUCUGAUCAAAUUGUAGACUGAAGAUGAUGAACUGGAACUUGCGUUGGCUCUCUCUCUACUGGAAAUGAAAGAGCAGCAGCUGUCAACCCCGGGCCACCAGUCCCGACCUCAGCAACCUGGAGACAGACUGAAGCAGAGAAGCUCUCUUCAACUGAUCUCGGUAUCUCAGCCACAGGGAAGCAGACACACCCAACUAGUAGAUGCAGUUGGCCAGAGAGAAAACACCAACUCACAAACUGAACCCUGGGUAAAGGUAAACCCAACACAGACAACUCGAGAGACUGAGCUUCAGAAGAACACACAAGUUUACAAAUAUAAUAAGGAGGCACCGGAAACAAGUCAGACUGUGUGUGUCUCCUUUUCCAAGCAAGAAAUGGUUGAAGAAGGCGACCAAGUAAUGGGCGAGGGAGAUUUGAAUAAAUCAGACAAACCAAAACGCUCUAAGAACAGGCGUCAGCGGCGUAAAGGCACUGGCCAGCAGGUUGUGGGUUUGCCUUGUUCUCCAUCAGCUCCGCCACCGGUACUGCUCUGGUUCAGGAGGGACUUGCGACUUUGUGACAACCCUGCUCUCAAUGGCUCAUUGGAGGUUGGUGCACCUGUUAUCCCCGUCUUCAUCUGGAGCCCUGAAGAGGAGGAGGGACCUGGGAUUACGGUGGCUAUGGGGGGAGCUUGUAAAUACUGGCUUCAUCAAGCUUUGUCUUGUUUCUGUUCAUCUCUGGAGCGCAUUGGCAGCCAUCUUGUCUUUCUCAGGGCUAGUGGAGAGGGGAAGGAGGUUGGAUCUUCUUUGCGUACGCUUAAGCAACUUGUAAAGGAGACAGGGGCGAGAACAGUCUUGGCUAAUGCCCUCUACGAGCCCUGGCUGAAGGAGAGGGAUAAUGUGGUGGUCUCAGCCCUUCAGAAAGAUGGUGUUGAAUGCCGGAUGGUCCACUCGUACUGUCUCAGAGACCCCUACUCUAUCAGCACGGACGGUGUGGGACUCAGAGGAAUAGGUUCAGUGUCUCACUUCAUGAGCUGCUGUAAACAGAACCCAGGACCUGCAUUAGGGGUUCCCCUGGACCCUCCUGUAUCUCUUCCCACACCUGGCCACUGGCCUCAGGGUGUCUCUUUGGACACGUUAGGCCUGGCACGCAUGCCCCGCAGGAAAGAUGGCACAACGAUUGACUGGGCAGCGAACAUUCGUAAAGCCUGGGAUUUCAGUGAAGAAGGAGCACAUGCCCAGCUGGAGGCCUUUCUUCAGGAUGGUGUGUAUAGAUAUGAAAAGGAGUCGGGCAGGGCGGAUGCUCCAAAUACCAGCUGUCUGUCUCCCUACCUUCACUUUGGUCAACUCAGCCCACGCUGGCUGCUGUGGGACGCCAAAGGGGCACGCUGUAGACCCCCGAAGUUCCAACGUAAACUGGCGUGGAGAGAUUUGGCUUACUGGCAGCUGAUAUUGUUUCCUGACCUCCCCUGGGAAUCCCUCAGGCCUCCAUACAAGGCUCUGCGGUGGAGCAGUGAUCGGGGCCACCUGAAGGCCUGGCAGAGAGGACAAACAGGCUACCCUCUGGUGGACGCAGCCAUGAGGCAGCUGUGGCUGACAGGCUGGAUGAAUAACUACAUGAGACACGUGGUGGCAUCUUUUCUCAUAGCAUAUCUCUACCUGCCCUGGCAAGAAGGCUAUCGCUGGUUCCAGGACACCCUGGUGGAUGCAGAUGUUGCCAUAGAUGCUAUGAUGUGGCAGAAUGGAGGCAUGUGUGGUCUGGAUCACUGGAACUUUGUCAUGCACCCCGUCGAUGCAGCAAUGACCUGCGAUCCCUACGGCAGCUAUGUUAGGAAAUGGUGUCCUGAACUUGCAGAUCUGCCUGAUGAGCUUAUUCACAAACCCUGGAAAUGUCCCGCAUCCAUGCUUCGACGUGCUGGUGUAGUGUUUGGGCAGACGUAUCCUGAGCGAAUAAUAACAGACCUGGAGGAGCGGAGGAGUCGGUCUCUGCAAGAUGUAGCUUUGGUGCGGAAGGAGUUUGGACAGUAUGUGGAUAAGCGCUCAGGCUGCGACUUGGUGCCUCUGCCCCCACGCCUUGUCUCCGAGGCUCUGGGCUUGUCACAAAGGGAUGAGGGUGUGGUGACAGCAGGGAAGCAGUUCCUGUUGCCCGUUAUCACCCGCAUGGAAUUCAAACACCAGCUUGAAGAUCCAGAUGCAGAUGCCGCCUCAAAUCCCUACAGUGCUGUUCUUAAAGGAUACGUGAGCCGCAAGAGGGAUGAGACCAUUGCCUUCCUUAAUGAGAGAGACUUUACUGCCAGUGUGAUGUAUGAGGGAACCCAGAGAAAGGAGAGGCUGGAGAGUGAUUACCGCAGAAUGGAGGGACUCCCUCAACCUCCUGCACCUCGGGGCCGAGCCAGACGAACGCCAACAGCAAAGGACAGGUUUUCUAUAGUACCUGGUGGGGCGGUCACUUCACUCAAGUGACCCAGAGGUCAAGACUGAAAGUUUACA